GGUUGGACAAUCUCUUGUCCAAGUAUGGAGUGGUAGCUGCCGACUUGCACACCAAGAUCAGCUGGGAUGAUAUGAAGGCGGCGUGGCACAAGCGGUUCCAGGCAGAGCCGUCGGAGAUCAAAGCAGUGGACAAGCUAAUGGUCUUCGAACAAGGCACGCUGCCAAGUGAUUCGGCGCGCGAGUUCAACAUAGAGGUAUUGGACCCGCUCACGUCCGAGGACUUUGCAUGGCUUCCUCUCCCGACCAUGGGUUGCUUGUCGGGACCGCAAUGCGCAGCACUAUGCGCUCAUCUCCACACGUACUUAUCCUUCUAUGCACCACCAACUUCGCCGACGGAUGACGAAGUCGCAGUGGGGGACAUCCUUGCGUAUGUUACCAAGGUGGCCCGCGAGUUUCGCACGCAGAGGUACGAUGACAACAACGCACCGCUCAUGUAUGUCUGCAUCGAGGUUGGGCAAGCGUCUUGCAGCGCUUUGCUAGAUAGCGGCGCGUCUCGCAAUUUCAUGAGCCAAGCCUUUAUGCAAAAGGCUGGCCUUGGCGCACAAGUUCGGAGGAAGGCAAACCCGACGGCGAUCAAGUUGGCGGAUGGAAAGACGCAGCAACUACUCGACCGUUACAUCGAGGCCGUACCGGUGUAUUUCGCACCUCAUGCAUGCGAACCGGUGACGUUCGACAUUUUGGACACGGACUUCGACAUCAUUCUGGGAAUGCCUUGGCUUGCAAGUGCGGAUCACACGGUCAACUUCCAUCGGCGGACUCUUAGCGUUUGCAACGCCUUCGGCGCGAAAGUGGCAUGUACUAUUCCUCUACCGCACUGUUCGAUUCGGUGCCAAGUGGUGACGGCCAAAUCAUUCCGGGCGACUUGCGCUUACGAGCAGCCCGAGGAAAUCGGCCUAUGUUUCCUAAGGACCGUUGCGGUAGCCGACACUUCACCCAUGGACUUGUCUUCGGACCCCCGGGUGGUGCAGUUGCUGGACGAGUUCGCUAACAUCUUCGAGUCAUCUACCGGUGUGGUGCCGGAUCGGCCGAUCUCUCACGAGAUCAUUCUUGAGGCCGGUGCCAUGCCGCCGAAAGGUUGCAUCUAUCGGAUGAGCGAGGAGGAGCUUGAGGUCCUCCGGGCACAACUCGACGACUUGUUGGCCAAGGGCUGGAUCCGCCCUAGUAGCUCCCCAUAUGGAGCAUCAGUUCUCUUCGUCCGGAAGAAGAACAAGGAUCCACGAUUGUGUAUCGACUACCGCAAGCUCAACGCGCAAACCGUCAAGAAUGCGGGGCCGCCUCCUCGCAUCGAUGAUCUUCUUGAGCGAUUGGGCGGCGCAAAGUAUUUUUCUAAGAUGGAUUUGAAAUCGGGAUAUCAUCAAAUCUCGAUCCGACCGAAUGAUCGCUACAAAUCCGCGUUCAAGACGCGGUACGGGCAUUUUGAGUGGGUGGUUAUGCCUUUUGGCCUCACCAACGCCCCGACAACCUUUCAAGCGACAAUGACCAACGAGUUUCGUGCAAUGUUGGACCGGUUCGUGCUGGUCUACUUAGACGAUAUUCUCGUCUAUAGCGGGACAUUGGAGGAUCAUCUUGGGCAUCUUCGACGAGUGUUGGAGACGCUCCGCCGCGCCAAGUACAAGGCCAAGCGUGACAAGUGCGAAUUUGUCCGACAAGAGCUGGAAUACUUGGGGCAUUUUGUCACACCGGAAGGCAUCAGUCCGCUAUCGGACAAGAUUCAAGCCAUCCAAGAGUGGUUGGAGCCUCGAAACGUCACGGAUGUCCGUUCAUUCCUUGGCCUCGCCGGCUACUAUCAAUGUUUCAUCAAAGGCUACUCGAAGAUCGCGGCCCACUUGACCAAGCUUCAAUGCGAGGAUCGACCGUUUGACUUCGGAGAGGAGGCGUGGGAAUCAUUUUUGGCUCUCAAAGCCGUGCUAUUAUAUGCGGAGGUCUUGCUCAUAUACGAUCCGCUUUUGCCUACGCGCGUCACUACGGAUGCGUCCCACUAUGGCAUUGGUGCUGUCCUCGAGCAACACGAUGGCGUGGACUGGCACCCGGUCGAAUAUUUCAGCAAGAAAGUGCCCGUUGUGCACUCCAUUGACGAUGCACGCAAGAAGGAGCUCCUCGCCUUCGUCCACGCGCUCAAGCGGUGGCGGCACUUCCUCCUUGGUCGAAGCCAAUUCCGAUGGGUAACAGACAACAAUUUGUUGGUCUUCUAUAAGACCCAAGACACUGUCAACAGCACCAUCGCUCGAUGGAUGGCUUUCAUCGACCAGUUCAACUUCUUUCCUGAUCACAUUCUCGGGAAGUCGAACCGUUUUGCGGAUGCUCUUUCACGGCGUCCGGAACACUGUACCGCGGUCUACUCAACCUUCGAGAUCGACGACGACCUGCGGAACAACUUCAUCCGCGGCUACCAAGCCGACCCCGAGUUUCGCGACAAGUACGCGGCGCCUUCUCACUACCGGAUCCAAGAGGGGUACUUGCUUGCUCGGAGCCUGGCGAUGCAUCGGGUCUCUGUGUCCUCUGUACGUUCGGAGGUUGAGUCGCUGCAGGCCACUUUGUUGCAGACAUCGUCGAUUACCUCAUCAUGCGGCGCGGUGGAGACGUUCCUUCGCGAGAAUCGGGAUCGGGCGCACGAUUUCUUCGCCUCUUGUUUCCCACUGCUUUUGCGGAAAGUGUUUGGGUUCCGGGACCGCCCUUUUCCGGAGGCAUCAUCUCCCCUCUCACCUUUCCCCCAGGGGACCUUGGCAGGGGGAUGGCUGCAGCACACAUCCCACCCGGGUCACGAAGGCGAUGCCAUCGCAUUGGUCUCCCUUCUAUCCCCUACCGGCAUACUUCUCCAAAGCUUACUCAACAUAGACAAGGAGGGCACGAUCAUGUUCCUUUUCCCAUCAGAAAGACUGCCCGAUUGGGCGAGGUUGCUCUUGAGGACGGAGGAAGGUGCAAGCAUUCUGUGCCGUGAGUCACGCCUUUUCAAACGCUGCAUCAGUCGGCAAGGUGAUCAGCCCUUCCAGGUGCGUCUAGGACUCCUGGACUUCUACUUCUUUUGGUUUGCAUAUUACGCCCGCUGCAAGGGGAACUUGUCAGGGAGAUCUUCGAGGCAUGGGAGCGGAGGAGGGCAAUACUAUCAGCAGCAGCAAACGCAGGGUAGGUCAACCACGUCAGCACUGCGGUCCUCGCUCGGAAGCCUUAAGGUGUCCCUACCGGGGAUGCAACACAGCUCCCUUGUGUGUCCCAGUGUCUACCGACAUCUUCUCUUGCUCUACUUGGAGCACUUCUUGCCAUUUGGCCACUCUGGCUCCGCGAAGGUCCCUUCUCCCACCAGCGGACAGGUGUCCACUGACUAUGAGAACGGGGACCCUCGGCAGACCACAUACCCUCGAGAGCGAGUUUGUUUCACCCACCCACUCCGGAGAGCACAUGUCUCGCCUUCCCGCCAAUUGGAAGGAGGUGUGGAUGUGGGUAACUGCAGCCCUCACCAAAGCCGGCAGCAGCAACAGCAGGAUUUAGCUCUCUAUGGGGCUAAGUUCUUGGAUAUACUGGUAGAGUUUUGGCUGCUGGACGGGGAUCGUGCACCUCUCUGCCACUCAUUCCAGCAGCAGCGGUUCGCAGCCACAAUCACGACCGGGCAGCAGGAGCCGGUAUUGUCUCACUUCUUGCCUGGUGAUGAGCUGCUGGCAUCCAUCAGCGUGCUUGUGUCCCAUGUGUGCUCGGAUCCCCAAUUGGGCGACAGCGCGGGCGGCGGCAAAUCUGCUGGAAUAGGGUCGUGGGCGGGUGAUGCUCUCCUCCCUCGCAGAUCGUCGAUCGGUAUCCAAGGGGAAAGUGGGAAGGGGAUACGAACAACGGACAUGCUGGGGAAUGGCAUGGUGUCAAGGGCUAGGAUAGCAAGCGCGUCCAAUGUGCUGCUGCCGUAUGCCUGCCAGGUGUUGCAGAGACCCCUCUAUCGAUUCCUGCGAAGGGCUUUUGCACAUUGGCCGGUAGAGGACAUCAACCCGGGCCGUUUGGAUAUGCUUGUCGGCAUCUGGAUCACAUACAUAGCGCCGUGGAGUCUGCCUCAAGGUUCUUCGGCAAUGCGCAAUGGCAGCCUAGGUCAUCGAGGGGCUCGGAGAGGAGGAGAACAGGCGAGAGCAGGUGGAGGAAAUGAGGUCGGAGGGUCCACCAGUCCUGACAGAAGAUUAUCCGAUCUCUUUGUGCAGUACUUGCCUUCAGUAUUUGGAGGGGAGGGGGUAGGACGACGAGGCGAUCAGGAGCAGGGUGCAGGCAGUCGCCGUCUCACAUGGCACGCAGGGGAACCAGUGUCGACAACGCAGAUGACCAGCAUACCUUCUUCUUCUUCAAGUAGAAAAACCCAUGAAGGUGCUCCCUCCUCGUUGCUGUACAACUCCAGGUGGGAGGCUUAUGUUGUAUCCAACUACUUGUACUAUAACAUAUUGGUUGUCAAGUUCGUUGAGUUCGCUCUGAAAAUGUCAGAGGUCAACUGCAGUAUGGCCGUUCAACGACUCACGAGAGUGCUGUCCUUCUUCGCCAGCUCACCCGCACUGUUGGACCUUGUGCGACAGAUUGAGAUGGCAUGUCUCUGCUAUUCUCCGCUACUACAAAAGCAGUCUUCUCUUGGUCGUAAUAAUCAGCAGCAGCAUGAAACUUUUCCACCCAACGUUGUGAACACCCUGCGCACCUUCAUCCAAGAGCAGAUCGUGGAUUGGGAAGCCGCACCAUGUGUUCUCUGGGCCCAACCAGAUUCCCAAGUCCCAGUGUGGGACAGAUACAGAUGCUCUCCACCAGCAUACUCCGUCCGGGGAACCAGCCCACUGCCUACGCCGCCACCAUUCCUGCCAGCAUCGCCUCAGGGGAGGGCACAAUUAGAUACAACGUGCCUUUGUCUUUUCAGUUCAGAGGAGGAACAGGGGGGUGAGAGGCUGGUUGAGGCAUUGAUCAUGCACGUUGAAGCGCAGAUGCAGGUUGCCUCUUGCGGAUCGCCAUUGCCGAAUCCAGUCGUUUUGGAGUCUCUGAAGAAGGCUGCGUCCCGGGUGUUUGCCUCGCAUGGUUUGCGAGGGGAGCAGCCAACUGCAGGGCACCACGAGGCUCAAUCCACAGGCGGAUAUUCUAUGGUGGCCAAGGGUGCCCCGGCUGCCCAACCGGGGUUGAGCGGUUCAAUCCGUGCAACUCCUCUGGGAAGGGAAGGUGGAACACCAGCCGUUUGUAGUCCGGAUGAGAUGCGCCAGAGUCGCGACCUGAUAAAGGUGAGAGGUGCUGUGGUCCAGCACGGAGUAGGUUCCGACAGAGGGGAUAAGGGUGACAGCCGCCUUGGACUCUUGGGUCCAUCCUCCUCCAGGCCAGCCCUUGGGAGGCACACGUGGGCAGAAGUUCGGUACAAAGGUGAUUGGAUGAAACGACCAGUCGAGGCGACAGAGAUCGGAUGGCUUGUCGAGCAGCUCGUCAAGCUGUCGAACUUGGUGAACAGAGUGACGGGGUUGGACCAAGAGACAGAGUGGGACAGAGGGAAUGAACAGAAGGAGGGAACCGAAAACGGAGACAAAAACAGUGGAAGAGCAGUGGGCAGAAGAGCAACCACGGGAGCAGGAGAUGCAAAUGGCGCCCAUGAGCGUCAUCAUGAUGAUGAUGAUGAUGAUGACAAUCCUAAUGAUAAUCUUGAUGAGCAGGGCAUGGGGAGAGAUCAGCAGGAGGGGGUCAAAAGCGGAGAUAGAAACAAUGGAGCAGUGGACAGAAGAGUAGCUGCGGGAGUGGGAGGUGGUAACGACGGCCAUGGGUGUGGUGAUGCUAAUCAUAAUGAUCCUAGUGACAAUCUUGACACGGGUUGUGAUACAGGCAGGGCUGGAGCUGGAGAUGUCAAUGGCCCCUGCAUCGGCAAGGACAGCAGUGCACGAGAGGUUCUGUCCAUGAUCUUGCCGUCCACCCUCAGUCUCCAUGCGAUGUUGCUGCGCCUGCACGAGCUGCUCAGCAAUUGCGCGGAGCACAGUUGGGCCAUGGGGAUUAGAGAGCUGAGGAGGCGAGGAUGGCGUGUGAACUUGCGAUUCAUCGCCGACACCCGGUUUCUAUUUUGCAGUUUUGUUCUCAUAAUUUUGACCUUUUGGGUUGGCCAGUGGCGCACACCAUGAGACCUGUCAGAGUACCCUCACACUAGAACUUCCGUAGAUGUCCCUGUCUGCAAUUACGCCUCCUGGUGGAUGUAUCUGGCUCUGAUCGCAUCCAGGCCAGGCUGAUCCAGCAAUCAGUCAAGUCCUUGUGUGUGUAUUGCCCUCACCUGGCAAAUAGUUGUUCGAUGGUAGCGAAACGAACAGAGGCGGCUAAUUGGCGAAGUGAGAGCUGAGGAGCAGUGUCAGAUCAAGAGACAGGCAACACUUCUCAUCUUAAGUCACCAGUUCACACAAACCUAAGUUCGACGAAGCUACUUUCCAAGGCUCGUGAGCCUGCAACUGCGCCAUUUGGACGUGGCCUGCCACUUUCGCUACCGGCUCAGGCCCGAGUUGAAAUGCUCUUUCCGCGUAUGCCAGUACGAGCAGUGCUCUGCUUCAGGUGAACUGGCGGUUUAAAAGGGCGAUGGCCAUUGAGAUAUCAUCGUCGAACUGACCGACCCUACCAGUACGUAAUUCAGAAUUCAUCAUCGAGUAUGGCUGUCGAGAUAUCAUCGUUGAACUGACCUACCCUACCAGUGGGUAACUCAUAAUUCAUCAUCCAGUUCCAUCUGGAUUUGAACUUGAGUCUACAUUUCAACAAUUCAUGGGUGUAUCAACUGAGCUAGGGCCGUUGGUACAGCCAACACUUCGUG